CCGGGAAAUGUAGUCCGCGGCGAGACAGCGACUGCCGGUGAUACCCUGUGUUUGGAACAUUUGGUCCGGGCUUGGAAUGAGCUCCAAGAGGGUACGGAGUGACCCGGGAAAUGGGGUCGGAGGGAAGAGACAGCUGAAGGAGAGGGAGCUUGUGGAGCUGAACUCAUUGCUGUUGGAAACGAAGGAGCGUGUGAGCGAGGCCUGGAGCCGGGGACUCGAGUACUCACAUGAGAAGGGCCUUGCAGUGGGCACACAGCCAUUUGCACAUUGCGUGAUAUCAAAUGUUAUCCAGAGACACAGAUUACUGGAGGGUCUUCAGAAUGAGCUUCUCCAGAUGAACUUCUGUGAAAAAUCGAACGAUCUCUAUCAAUUCAAGCAGGUGAGAAAGAGAUUGUGUGAAGCAAAGGUUUGGUAG